AAUUCAUCAUUCAGUCUUCGACUAUUCCACUCAAAACAACCAAAGUGAUUUUUUAAAUUAAUAAAAAUGAAACUCAUCAUUGCAUUCGCUCUUAUCGUCGCUACCUCUUGUGAUGUCUCACAUAUCGUACAAGGAAAUGGAUGGUUUAAGGAUGCUUCAGGAUAUCAUUACAACAAGCCAGAAACACGCUUCACAGAAGAAGUUGCCGUUGAAGAAAUCGUUGAUGCUGAUGUCCCAGCCAUUGAAGAAUCAUUAAUUGUGGCUGAGCCAGAAUCUGUCAUUGCUGAUGAAGUCGUUGAACAAAUUAUCGGAUCUGAUGAGCCAGUCAGUGUUGAAGUUCCAUUUGAAACCCCAGUCGAAGAAGUCGUCGUUGCUGAUGAACAAGCACCAAUCGAAGUUAUUGAACCAGAAAUUGUUGCUGAAGUUGUUGCCGAUCCAAUUGUUGAAGUUGUCCCAGAAGUUAAGGUAAACAAUGAAUACCUUCCACCAGUUGAUGCUAAGAAGAAGAGACAAAUUCCAGUUCAUCGUGUCAUCCGUAAGGUUUAUCGUCGUUUUGUCCCAAUCAAGAGACACUAA